UCAGCUGUGGCCACCAACAACAACGUUCGUCAGCAGAUGUGUUUUUGAGUUGCAUUAAGUUUCCCAAACCAACUGCAGGCUGAAAAAAACAAAUAAAUAAAAAACAAUUGGUGCCAAACAUUCCGCGGCAACGCAACAAAUCGGUGGCAGCCAAGCAGCACGUGCCUCUUGGUCCGAAAGUAAAAAUAAAUCGUGGGGGAGAAAAGCCGACGCCUUUGACAUUGAACAACAUUCGCGGGUGCAAAAAUAAAUCUAGGAAAUAAAACCCACACGAAGAUAUAGCCAUAUCAGCUGUUUGGCAAGUGCGUGCGGCGGAAAAAUUCAUUAUUAAUUGUGCCAUCGGCGAAGAGAGGUGCCUUUCACCAUCCAUUUCCAUCGGCGCAUUUUCCACAUUCCCCCGCAGCGGCGAGUCGAUUUUUCCGGCCAGCUAGAACUGGAAAUUGCAAACAUAUCAGGCAUUUAUUCAAGUGUUGUGGUUGUGUAACCAGAGUCCCGGGAAAAAUGAGCGCUACGAGUGGCCAGGAGCCGCCCAAAAAGGCGGCAGCCUCCAAUGCCAUCAAGUUUCUGUUCGGCGGUCUCUCGGGAAUGGGAGCCACCAUGGUGGUGCAGCCUUUGGAUUUGGUGAAAACUCGCAUGCAAAUCUCGGGAGCUGGCAGUGGCAAGAAGGAGUACCGCAGCUCGCUGCACUGCAUCCAGACCAUAGUUAGCAAGGAGGGACCUUUGGCCCUGUACCAGGGCAUUGGAGCUGCUCUGCUGCGUCAGGCCACCUAUACCACUGGAAGAUUGGGCAUGUACACCUACCUGAACGAUCUAUUCCGCGAGCGAUUCCAGAGGGCUCCUGGUAUCACGGACAGCAUGGCCAUGGGCACCAUCGCUGGAGCAUGCGGUGCCUUUAUUGGAACCCCCGCGGAGGUGGCCCUGGUACGCAUGACCUCCGAUGGAAGGUUACCGGUGGCCGAGAGGAGAAACUACACGAAUGUGGCCAACGCCCUGGCCAGGAUCACCAAGGAGGAGGGUAUUACGGCCCUUUGGAGGGGAAGUCUGCCCACUGUGGGUCGCGCCAUGGUGGUCAACAUGACCCAACUGGCCAGCUACUCCCAGUUCAAGACCUACUUCCGCAACGGACCCCUCAAGAUGGACGAGGGCAUCAAGCUGCACUUCUGCGCCAGCAUGUUGAGUGGCCUGCUGACCACCAUCACCUCCAUGCCGCUGGACAUUGCCAAGACCCGUAUCCAGAACAUGAAGACGGUGAACGGCAAGCCGGAGUACCGCGGCACCGCCGACGUUCUGCUGAGAGUGGCCCGUCAGGAGGGAGUCUUCGCCUUGUGGAAGGGAUUCACGCCGUACUACUGCCGCUUGGGUCCCCACACCGUGCUGACCUUCAUCCUGCUGGAACAGCUCAACCAGGGCUACAACAAGUACGUCCUGGGCGUGGACAAGAGCACUGGCCUGUAAAAUGUAUAUAUAUAUAUCAAUACCAUAUGAAACGAUCUACGAACCAUGAACCAUGAACCAUGCGUGUAUAUACAACGUUAAGUUUAAACAAAAACAUAGGGCAUUUAAAUGUCGGCAAUUCCGGUGACAAUAUUACAUGAUAACGAUUAGCUUGAAUGUUGAACAGUUUUUUGUAGCGCCAUAAGUAUAAAGUGGAUUCUCAAUAAAGCACAAAAUGUUAUAACAAA